AUGGCUUCACUGGAGCCCUUGGCCACAUUUGACGUGCGCUCUGCCGUGGCGCUUCAGGCGCCGAACUUCAGCUUAUUGGAUGGAGCAGAGGAGACGGUCUCGCGCGAAGAUUGUACAGCUGCGCAAGCUAGAGAGCUCUCCAUCACUCCAUCAGAGCCUGAGAGCCAGGCUGAUGCAGAUUUCCUUGGACGAUUACAUCAUUUCAAGAAUAUGUUUCGAAUGUCAGCCACAGAGGAUCCAGUCUCAGUGUUGAUCCACAAAGUGGGACCUCUGUUGAUUUUUGACGAUGGCCCGCGCGUUCGUGAUCGAGUGGACCGCACAGAUGGCAAUCAGAUUCCAGGAUUUGACCAUGAACAGUCCCAACUGAUGUUGGCUGAACUGGAUCCCUCCUUGGAGAUGGCGCUGGGUACUUCCUCUCGACCUGCUGGAUACUCUCGACCUGGACUGCUGGCUCCAGAGCUCAACAGUCUCAACAGUCGACUCUGUGUGAAGAACACCUUCCUGGACGUUGACGAAGACGACGAGAACGAGAGCCUGGGCCGUGCACAGAGCGCCCCUGGCCGUGUGGACUGCGACACGCCGCGGUCGAUGUUCUCGGACGAUCCACGGCGUCUCCUUCCAGGCGACCCCACCUUGGUGCGGCAGCAACUGCAACAGCAUGCAGAUCGAGCAGCCAAUGCAUGGUCCUUAAUACCAUAUGAGCCUGGAGAUCAUUUCUCCUGCGAGUUGGCAGCGAGACAUUGGGAGCUGUUACAGUGUACGUCUGGCAAAGGCAAUCCAGGCAAUGCUGUGGUAGAAGCCGUACGAUCCGUGUUCGAUAUCCCGCCUCAACCUAGCCGUUUUGGUCGAGCAGUUGAGUGGCGUUGUGGGCCUUACAAAAUUCUGCUGGGUUGCGACUUGGUGGUGAUGCACAGUGCGGACAGAUGUGAUCACAGCGACUUCGCGUCCUUUAAAAUGCUUCCACCAAAUGGGACUGGCUUGCCCUCUCGCAAUGAGAGAUUGGACAUGUACCUGGAGAACAUGAUGUGCGACAUCAGCAAGGCCGUAUGGGGCUCACCUGGCGCUGGUGACUCUGGACCUUCUUGGCGAGUCUUCAACACUGCUGACCUUCCGGUCAGUCCAGGAGAAGGGGAAGACUUCGAUGCCAAACAGCUUCACCAGCACUCGCAACAGCUCUUGCACUUCCUGCGGCAGAAAUGCAAUCGUGAGGGAGGAACCUAUUGGCUAUUUCGAGAGGCGAACUCAUCGGCUGUGGAGCUGUAUGACCUCAGCUCCUCCAUGGAAGCCGACAACUGGGACUCGUCAGCUUUCAGGACAACGCCAUCCCUCGCUCCACCGAUUGCAUCACUCUGUGCACAUUUGGCACAGUCAAUGCCGCAAAACGAAGAGAAAAGACAACUGCUACAGAAGGCAGUUCACCUGUUGGAGCCUCUGAAAGAGGAGCACUUUGGGCUGUACUCCAUGUCCGCACUGGAGCUGGCGUGUUCCUACAUGCGCACACCGUUGGCUGCGAUCUCUGAUAAAGCGGACUCAACGCGACAACAAAGACCAGAUGCACCUGCUUCUGCCAGACUGUCUGUGGCAUUGCGUUACCUCGAAAGUGUCUUGCGGUUGCUGGGAGGUUUGGACGAGAGUUCUCUUCGAGCUGGAUUGUUGCUGCAAGCCCAGGUGGCUUAUGCAGAGUGCAUCAUCAAGUUGAUUCGUGAGGCUGCCGUACCAACCUACAGUGCAUGGCUUGCGGACAUACAAAGUGCGCAGGAGGCACAGGAUUCACGGAAAGGCCGUGCACAGCGGCAGCUUGAUGAGAUGAAGCAGCUCAGCGCCGCAUUCUUGCUGUGGCGUCUCUUCUGGCUAUGCCGCGCCCAGCGUGCAAUGUCGUUCCUGCCGAACGAGAAGCGCGAGGUUGAGUGUUGGACCAUCGAUCGAGAUCUGUGCGAAAUGAUGGGAGACACACUUUACGGCUUAAGCCGCUAUCCAGCAGAUGAUGUAGAUGCCUUGCUGGCUGGGCAAAUGGCGACUGCGGAGGGGAUCUGUACACUGGUGGAAGAGGGCCUUCGCACCUGGGCUCUUCAAGGGCAGACGGAGACAGGUCCAGGCAAAUCCAAGCUAAGCUCAGAUGCGCAGCCGCACGGGCAGCUAGUUGGAGCUAUCUUCCUGUCCAAGAUGAAUCCCCUGCAGCGGCAACUGGGAGACCGAGCCCUGAAGGAAGAUCCCUUGGUGCGAGAUGAUCUUCGCCGUGCCCUGUGGUCCGAGGGCCAUGCCAUGCAGCAGUGCUUGAGCCUUUAUCAUCGAGCAGUUGCACGGCUACGUCGGGACUGCAAAGAUCCAACAACUCUCAAGGUGGCCCGGAAAUUGGCUCAUCUCUACAACGAGGAAGCCCGUGCAGCGUUGCUGGAGCGCACAGGUGGCGAGAAAGCCGAAGAGCUGUUGCAGCAAGCGCAGCAUUGGAUGGUCUUGUCUGGAGAUCGAUCGAAUGCUGGUCGAGUGUUGCUGAACUUAAGCGAGCUACAUGCACGUCGCGCAGAGAAUGCCACAGAUAAUGGGCCAUUCACAGAGGCGCAAUAUCACGACUUCCUCCGCUGUGCGGAGUGCUGCGAAGAAGCUGCUUCACUGAGCAAUGGCGCCCUGGGGCGCCGAGAAGGUGCAUUUGCCCACCUGCGUUUGGCGGUACAUCUUUCGGUACGAGUGCCAACGCAAAUGACUUUGGGAAGCAGGCGACAGCCUUUGGCGGAGCUGGCAGAUCGACACUUAGGAAAGGCCUUACGGCUUUUUGAUGAGCUCAAAGACGAACGAGAAGUGGCCGUGUGUCACUUUUACAUGGCAGAUUUGGCGCUGCAGGAGCAAAGUAUCCCUGGUGCUCCUCCCUUAUCGAAAGCGCGGCUCACCUCCGCCCAACGCCAUGCAAAGCGUUCUGCAGAGUACUGGGAGCGCAAUGGAGCUCUUGAAUAUGCCAAGGAUUUCAUCAGCUCUCACAUGCGAGUGGCUCGACUGCUUUGCCAACGCUCCUCUGCUCAAGAGGCGGUCCUUCAUUUGGCAUCCAUCGAAAGAAAGCUCUUGGACCUGGCGAAAAGUCCCAAGGCAGAUCUCUCGAAGAUCGAUGAAGGAGUUCUGAAAGAUAGCGAGAUGGUAGGCCAAGUACCAAGUCUUCGACGUGAGAUGGCGAGCAUCUGCCAAGCUGGCAUUCGUCAGGGUGAGGACGGCGCCGAUGCCGGGAGAUGCCGAUGCAUCAAGGGUGAAAGAUGUGAAAAGAUGGAACGAUUCCAAGAACCAGAGACACUUUUUUUCUAA